CAACUGCAACUGCAGCAACAACUCAGCGCUUCUCAAGCUUUUGAGGAGCCAGCACACUGGAAUGUUGGAAUAUCCACCACGAUUCGCGCGCCAUAAUCCCCAAAGCAACAAUUCCUCUGGAGCAGCGGCCACAAUAAGCAACGUGCCACAAUAUCCGCCGCAGCUGCCACAACAUCAAAACUAUCGACCACUGGCACCUGGCUCACCCACACCUGUUCAAAGGCAAUCAUCGCUAUCUCAACAGCAGCAGCAGCAGCAGCAGCAGCAGCAACAUCAACGCACUUUGUCCACCGCCUCCAGCUGCAGUGCACAGCACAAAAGUGUGACCUUUGGCAGCGGCUGCACAGCGCCGAUUGAUUAUAACAACGGCAGCAGCAGCGGCAACUCAAAUUGCAGUCUCGCCCACAACGCUGCAACACAAUCAAUGGCGGGCAACAUGAAGCACGGCAAAUCUCAGGAAGAUGUUUGCUACGUUGUAGCCAAAUACGAUUAUGCAGCUCAGGGGGCACAGGAGUUGGAUUUGCGUAAAAAUGAGCGUUAUCUAUUGCUGGAUGAUUCCAAGCAUUGGUGGCGUGUCCAGAAUAGUCGCAAUCAGUCGGGCUAUGUGCCCAGCAACUAUGUGAAAAAGGAAAAGCCAUCGCUUUUCGACAGCAUCAAGAAGAAGGUUAAAAAGGGCUCCGGCUCGAAGACUUUGCCCAAUUGUUCGCCUUCCAGACAAAUCGAGAGUCCAACCAUGUCGCGCCGCUUGCCACCGGAUCCCACUGAGGCCAUUGGCACUGCCAUCGUCAAGUACAACUAUCAGGCUCAGCAGCCCGACGAACUAUCGCUGACCAAAGGCACGCGCAUUCUCAUCUUGGAGAAGUCCAACGAUGGCUGGUGGCGUGGCCAGAGCGGCAAUGCGGUCGGCUGGUUCCCCAGCAACUACACAACCGAAGAUUGUGAUAAUGAUGGCGAGAUACACACCUAUGCCAUGGCGGAAAAUGUGCUCGACAUUGUGGUUGCUUUAUACAGCUUUACAUCCAACAACGAUCAGGAGCUGUCGUUCGAGAAGGGCGAUCGUCUGGAAAUUGUCGAUCGGCCUGCCUCUGAUCCGGACUGGUAUAAGGCACGCAACAAUCAGGGUCAAGUCGGUUUAGUUCCACGCAAUUACCUACAAGAGUUGAACGAUUACUUGGCCACACCGUAUCGCAACACCAGCAACGCUGGCAAUGGCAACAACUCAAGCAACGGCGGCGGCGGUGGCGGCGGUGGCGGCAAUGCUGCCAACAAUGCUGACUCCAUGGAUCGCCGCAAUGAGGGCAACAACAAGACCGGCCAAUCCUCACAGCCCAUGGAGCGGCCCAAUCUAGCGGGCAAGACUUGGUACUACGGCGCCAUAACACGCAGCCAAUGCGAUACGGUACUCAAUGGUCAUGGACACGAUGGAGAUUUUCUCAUCAGAGACAGUGAGACUAACAUGGGCGAUUAUUCAGUUUCGUUGAAAGCGCCGGGACGUAAUAAACAUUUUCGUGUGCAUGUGGAGCAGAAUAUGUACUGCAUUGGACAACGUAAAUUCCAUUCGCUGGACCAGCUGGUCGAUCACUACCAAAGAGCGCCAAUUUACACCAACAAACAGGGCGAAAAAUUAUAUUUGGUGCGAUCGCUGCCCAAGGCAAACGGCACGUAAAUUGUCGUCCGGGUUGAAGUUGCAAAUUAGCCGUAUAAUAUUAAACGUAAUA